UCUUAGGACGAAACACUAAUACUUCUUCAAAGAGACAGUGUUCUUCCUCUUCAAUUGUUAUUUUCUCCAUUAACAACUCUAUCUAUCUAACGUAUAUACCCCUCUCUCUCUCUCUCGCCAAACUCUAUCCUUCAUCACCAUCUUCUUCUUCUCUGCUGUAAAAAUGGCUUCUUCUGAGAAGCUUGGAAGCUGUGGGAAGUUCCUGGAGAGCUCAAAACCCUACUUCGCAAUGAUCUCUCUACAAUUUGGGUACGCAGGAAUGAAUAUUAUCACAAAGGUGUCUCUGAACCAAGGCAUGAGCCACUACGUCCUCGUCGUUUAUCGCCAUGCUUUUGCCACUGCUGUUAUCGCUCCUUUUGCCUUCUUCUUUGAAAGGAAAGCUCAACCCAGGAUAACUUUCAGAGUUUUCAUGCAAAUCUUCAUACUUGCUCUCCUUGGGCCAGUGAUUGAUCAAAAUUUCUACUAUGCUGGGUUGAAAUUUACAUCCCCAACCUUCUCAUGUGCUAUGAGCAACAUGCUUCCUGCAAUGACUUUUGUGAUGGCAGUAUUAUGCAGGAUGGAAAAGAUAAAUGAAAAGGUGAGAUGCCAAGCAAAGAUAAUGGGAACAUUAGUGACAGGGGGGGCCAUGUUGAUGACACUAUACAAAGGCCCUAUUGUGGAAAUGGUUUGGGCCAAACAUCUUCACAAUGAUCUUUCCCAUCACAAAUCCAACUCUUCUUCUCCUUCUGCAAAUUCUAACAUUGCUGACAAAGAAUGGUUCAUUGGCUCCAUCUUCCUCAUCAUUGCCACUCUCGCUUGGGCCUCCCUCUUCGUUCUUCAAGCCAAAGCCCUAGAGACAUACAAGAACCAUCAGCUAAGCCUCACAUCAUUGGUGUGCUUCAUAGGCACACUUCAGGCCGUUGCUGUUACAUUUGUCAUGGAGCACGACCCUUCUGUGUGGAGAAUUGGUUGGGACAUGAACUUGCUUGCUGCUGCCUAUGCUGGGAUUGUGACAUCAAGCAUAUCAUACUAUGUUCAAGGUUUGGUGAUAAAGAAGAAAGGGCCUGUCUUUGCCACUGCCUUUAGCCCUUUGAUGAUGAUUAUUGUGGCCAUCAUGGGCUCCUUUAUCCUGUCUGAACAAAUCUAUCUUGGAGGUGUGAUUGGUUCAAUCUUGAUAGUGAUAGGGCUAUACUCAGUCCUAUGGGGAAAGCACAAAGAAAGCAUGGAGGCCAAAGUGAUAGAGACUGAUCAAGAAAUUCCACCAAUAUUGCCUCUAAAGGCUCCGAAUAAUUAUCAUAGCAAUAAAAAUAACAAUGCACAUUUAUCUGAAGAUAAUCAAUUAUUCAGCAGUACUGUUUCAAAAGCUGAGAACAUUAUUUCAGAAGCCACUCAUAAUAAAAAUAAUAAUAAUGAUAAUAAGUCUCUAUCUUCUUUUGUUCUUAGCUUGCCUUUGACUGAAACCAAAGCUUGAGAAUUUAAUUUUCCAUCCUGUUAUAUAGGAUAAUGCUCUUCUUUUCGUUUUCUUUCAUUUGUUUUUGUUUUUGAUUAGUUUUUAGUUUUUGAUAAUUAAGAUAUGUAGUGAUCUUGUAAGAACUGUAAUUCGAGAGCAAUGAGAAUAAUAUAUUUUGAAGGU